AUGGCGAGGGCCGUGCCAAGGACCUCAAUUGAGGUGCUAUCCCAAGAAGUUAAUGACGAGCAAGGGAUGUACCGCAUUCGUGCUGGUCAACGAGUUCACUACCUGACCAUCCCCGCCGACGUCUUCGAUGAGGACACCAUGAGCCGCCCUAACCUUCUCAUUCCCCAAUUGCCGGAGUUCCCCGAUACUCCAUGGACCAAGAUGCAUCUCGGCCGUAACAUAGAUGGCUCUCUCACAGUCACAAUGUCCGAUGAACCCCUCGAAGAAGUCACCUUCACUUGGCACGAGAAGCGAAUAGAUGUGCUAUCCCUGCCGUACAUCAAACGUCUCAAAUUCGGUGUCUAUGAGACGCGCUAUCAAGGGCGAGAAGCAAUCGCCAAAAUUGCUUGCUUCGGGUGGCAGAUUCCAAGGCUUACUCAUGAGACAUGGGCAUAUUGCGUUCUGGCUGAAAGUCGACAACCAGACGAUGGACGGCCCAUUGCGCCAGAAAUUCUGGGUCAUCUGACGGAGAAUGGCCGUGUGAUUGGCUUCCUGAUGGAGAAGGUCGAGGGCAGGUUUGCGUGCUUGGAUGACUUGCCACGGUGCGAGGCUCUGCUGAGGCGACUGCACAGCCUGGGGGACUUGGGACUGGUGCAUGGAGAUAUCAACAGGUAUAACUUCAUUAUCCGAGAUGAUCCACCAGGAAGUAUUUAUCUGGUUGAUUUCGAGCACGCAGAGGACUACGAAGAGGCAAAAGCGCACGCGGAGCUGGAGUCACUUCCGGCUGAACUGGCUGAAGAGACAGGCCGUGGCACUACCAGACCCUUGGUUGAAGUGCGCUCAUGA